UUACAUCAACAAAGUUGUGCUCUGUCAGAUCUUCUACAUCUCCAAGUUCAGUUGAGGCACAAAAAACAUAACAAAAUGUCUUUAAUUCUUAAUUAUCCAGGACGUCUUUCUCCUAUUCUUCAAAAUUCAACACACACAAUAGGCUUAACAGUGUCUUUCACUAUCUCUUGCUCACCCCCAAGCAAUGCAUACAAACACAACUGAUCGCCGCGCCGUCAGUUGAAGCAACAAAAAAAGAAAACCAUAGCAACCGAAGGUGGGAGAACAUAAAUAAUUCAAACCACAGCCUGUCUCCCAUUACAUCAACACAUCAGCCGCACACAGUAGGCGCGUCUCGCCGUUCUAGAGUCUCAUCACAUCGUGGCGCGCGUGCGUUCCAAAGUGUCUGUAAACGGAGUUCUGCGCUAAAACAGGUCUCGGUAGCUGCCAUUUCGAGUGCCACAAUUGAAGCCGUCCGCAGUAAGUAGGUUUCGCUCCAUGCUUGAUUGUGCUGUGCGAUAAUAGUGCCAGGCAUGUCCAUGCUUGUGGUCGACGCGUCGCGAUAAUGCACGGCGUUAGUGUCUCGCCGAUGGAGCUCGUGGUAGCAUCGGUGGCGAGUUUCGGUGCGUUCCUCGCGACGCUCUGUCUGGGCGUGUACGUUUUUGUGGUGCGUAAGUACUCUUUCUGGCGCACCCGCCAUGUGCUGUACGUGGAACCGGAGUUACCGUACGGGAACUUUAAGGAGAUGGGCAAAUCGAUCCAUCCGGCCCAUCUCAGUCAGCGGUUCUAUGAGCGGUACAAGCAUGCCGCUGAUCCUGGGUUUGUUGGACUGUACAUCUUCCUCAACCCGGUGCUGCUCGUUACGAACUUACGGUUGGCGAAGAGAAUUCUGAUCGAAGACUUCCAUCACUUCCCCGAUCGGGGUGUGUACUUCAACGAAAAGGAUGACCCGCUCUCGGCCCAUCUGUUUGCAAUCGAGGGUCAACGGUGGAAGGAUCUGAGGUCCAAGAUUACGCCCACUUUCACGAGCGGACGUAUGAAAGCGGCAUUCCCGCUGGUGCUCAGCAUAGCGGAGCAGUUCUGUGAGUUUCUGCGCGAGCAGCACACCACUGACGAUAUGGUUGAGGUACGCGAUCUUAUGGCCCGGUUCACUACGGACGUGAUCGGUUCGUACGCGUUUGGUUUGGAGUGUAACAGCUUCCGGGAUCCUCAGAACGAGUUCCGGCGCAUCGGCCGCAAACACUUCGAUACACCCCGCAAUCAUCCAUUGAAGGUGUUCAUCAUGAAGACGUUUCGGGGGCUCGCGAACCGACUCGGGCUGAAGCUGCUGCACGACGAUGUGUCCACCUUCUUUCAAACUGUCAUCCGCCAAACGAUUGAACACCGCGAACGGCAGGGUACGCAGGGGAACGAUUUUCUUGACCUGCUGAUAAGGCUGAAGAACACGGGCAAGCUGGAGGGCGCGAACGAGAUAGUGGGCCGGCUUUCCGGAGACGAAAUAGCCGCACAAGCGUUCAUCUUCUUUACCGCCGGCUUCGAGACGUCAUCCAGUGCGAUGACCUACACGCUGUACGAGCUGGCACUGAAUCAGGAACUUCAACAACGGGCCAGGGAAAGCGUGCUGGAUGCGUUGGAAAAGCACGACGGAGUGUUGUCCUACGAAUCGUCCAAGAACAUGCUUUACUUGGAUCAGUGUAUCUAUGAAACUCUUCGCAAGUACCCACCUGUAGCGAUAUUGGAGCGAGUGGUAUCCAAACCCUAUCGAAUCCCAGACACCGACAUAAACCUACACCGUGGGAUGAAGAUCAUGAUCCCGGCCUAUGCCAUCCAUCACGAUCCAGACAUCUAUCCCAACCCGUCCACCUACGAUCCGGACCGGUUCACGCCGGACAAGAUCGCUAGACGUGAUCCUUGCGCCUAUCUACCAUUCGGCGAAGGCCCACGAAUAUGUAUCGGGCUUCGGUUCGGGAUGAUGCAGGCACGGAUCGGAUUGGCGCUACUGUUGAAGCACUUCCAAGUACUGCCCUGUAAGGAGACGGACGUGCCCUUGACCUACAUUCCGCAGGCAUUCGUACUGACGCCCGUGAAUGGCGUGCGGUUGCGGUUGGUUAAGUAUGAUCUGCAUGAGCCAGCCAGUAGGCGAGAAGAUCCAGUCUGGUGCGAGAUGCUGAUCUAUCUGCUGCUACUUGCCGUCACUGCGGCGGUUUGGUACGUACGCCGGAAGUACUCGUUUUGGGCGGAACGGGAUGUACCGUACAUCCAGCCCCGGUUCCCGUUCGGCAACAUCCAGGGAAUCGGACGGCGCAUGCAUUCUUCCCAGCUGAUGACGAAGUUCUACAACGAGAUGAAGUCAUCCGGACGCGCGUUCGGUGGGAUCUACUUCUUUACCAACCCGGUCGCGCUGGCACUCGACCUGGACUUUGUGAAGAAUGUGCUGGUGCGUGAUUUCGCUCACUUUCACGACCGUGGUGUGUACUACAACGAGAAGGAUGAUCCGAUCUCGGGACAUCUGUUCAAUAUCGAAGGUUCGAAGUGGACCAACCUGCGGAAGAAGUUGAUCCCGACGUUCUCUUCCGGCAAGAUGAAGAUGAUGUGUCCAACAAUCGUGUCGGUUGGUGGACGAUUCCGCGAGUGCCUGGAGCGAUGUAUCGAGAGUGACGGUGUGGUAGAGAUGAAGGAACUGUUGGCCAGAUUCACGACGGAUGUGAUCGGGACGUGUGCGUUCGGCAUCGAUUGCAACAGUCUGAACGAUCCGAAUGCCGAGUUCUUGCGCAUGGGACGGAAAGUGUUUGAGGUUCCGCGAGGUCGUAUACUGAAGUUCUUCUUCAUGGCCACGUUCAAGGAUUUCUCGCGACGCAUCCACAUCAAGGGCACGAGUGAGGAUGUGUCGCAGUUCUUCUUCAAGGUUGUGCGGGAAACGAUCGAGUAUCGCGAGCAGCACAACAUCCAGCGGAACGACUUUAUGAAUCUGCUGAUGCAGCUGAAGAAUAGCGGACAGUUGGAUGAUUCGGGCGAGUCGGUUGGGAAGCUGAGCUUGAACGAGAUCGUUGCACAGGCGUUUGUGUUUUUCCUCGGUGGGUUUGAAACGUCCUCGACGACGAUGUCUUACUGCUUGCAUGAGCUGGCAUUGAACGGGGAGAUCCAGCAACGAGCCCGGCAGUGUGUGUUGGACGCGGUUAAGAAGCAUGGUGGACUGACGUACGAAGCGCUUAUGGACAUGCCGUACAUCGAUCAGUGUAUAAAUGAAUCUCUUCGGAAGUACCCACCGGGUGCGAAUCUCAUACGGCAGGUUAGCCAGGAUUAUCGCGUACCGGGGUCGGAUGUUACCUUCCCGAAGGGUAUGAACGUAAUGAUCCCGGUGUACGCCAUCCAUCACGAUCCGGACCACUAUCCCGACCCGGAACGGUACGAUCCGGACCGGUUUGGACCGGAAGCGAGUGAGUCCCGGAAGCCGUACAGCUUUAUCCCGUUCGGGGAAGGUCCAAGGAUUUGUAUAGCGGCUCGGUUCGGGAUGCUGGAGGCACGGGUUGGGCUGUCGGUGCUGUUGAUGAACUUUAGCUUCUCGAGAUGCGAGAAGACGAAUGUGCCAUUGGUUAUUUCUUCCCGCCAUGCUGUGCUGACGCCGGAAGGGGGAUUGUGGCUGAAGGUAGAGAAGCUGGAGUCGUAAAGGAGUUGCUGUAGAAUCUGAUUGAUAUGGGUAUGGUUAGUUUUAUCCAACAAGAAUUAGAUGAAUAAAUGUGAAUCUUUUAAAUCUCUUGA